AAAUGUAUUAAUUGUUUUGUAAUCAAUAUAAAUAUAAAUAAAAUUAAAAUUUUGCGUAUAUUAAUAAUAUUAUAGAAAUUAUCACAUAUAUUGAUCGUCGUUAAAUUUACAUUUAUACUUUUUGAUAUCAAUUAUAAUGAGGACUUGAUCACCGUCAUUUAUCUUCGCUCCGAUAUCAAUUCUGGUGAACUUUUCCUGUAACACAAAGGAAAAGCAUAUCUCGCUUAAUUGCGCUCAAAAGAAAUUGAGAUAUUUUUAGAAUCUAAGUACUGCCAGUCAUAAACUAUCAUGUUCGGAAUAAGCGGAUAUUACAGCACGAAUAAUUAAGAGGAAUAUUGCCUAACAAUAUUGUUUAUGUGAAGGAUAUACUUAUGACUGGCUUCUAAUAACACACGAUAGUGAUAUUGCGAAUGCGAUACCGCGAUGUUGACAAAAGACGCGCGGGUUUCUCGAAGAAGUUGAUGUUUACAGAAGAGGAACCACUCAGCACGACGCUGAGCGCGUACGCCCCUCUUCUUCAGUCCUAUCCUUCGAAGAAGUCGCGUUUUCCAUUUGGAAUUACUGCGUUCUCGAGCAUAGGCACGUAAUUUUUUCUCGAAGAGAACUUAUUACGUGACGCGUCCAGUUCAUUGCAAUUGUUUCUUUGAAGAUUCGACGACGUAAUGGCAACGAAAGCAAAAAAAGCGCCAAAGAAAGUGGGUUAUCAAAUACCCGCUGGAAAGAUUUUCAAGGAGCAUUUGACGAAGAAUACAUGGAUCCUUGGCAAAUCAGUCAGCGUCGGCGAUUUCGUGGAGAUUUAUUCCGCCACACCAUGUUUUGGAACAAUUCCCAUGGAUUAUAAAGAUUAUCCUAAUGUUAUAAAAAUUGAACCACAUGGACAUGGUCAGUUAUUUGCAGAAAUAACUUUUCAUAUGUGGAACUGUAAGUCAUGUGAAAUUGAUAACUGGCAGAAAAAAAGGAAACUUACUGCGCUCGGAAUCCCUAGAUAUAUUGGUUCUGGAAUUAUUGAGCAUGAAAAUACAAGAUAUCGUUUUUUAAUAAUGGAUCGAUACAGAGAAAAUUUGUGGAAAAUAUUUGUGGAGAAUUAUAAUAGACAUUUUCCAGAAUACAUCGUGUAUAAACUAGCUUUACAAAUAAUAGAUAUAUUGGAAUACAUUCAUUACAAAAAUUAUGUACAUGCUGAUAUUAAAGGAGAAAAUUUGUUAUUGGAUUGGAAUUCUUAUGAUCAAGUCUACUUAGUCAAUUUUGGUUUAGCUUCUCGCUCUACAUCAAGCACUGAAUUAAAAGUUGACCCAAAGAAAGCACACAAUGGCACUUUACAAUACAUGAGCAGAGACGCUCAUAUGGGAGUACCAACACGUCGUGGUGAUAUUGAAAGUUUGUGUUAUAAUAUGAUUAUGUGGUUAUGCGGUUUUUUACCAUGGGAAAAGUUACUUGAGCCAGCUAUCGUUCAAAAAGAAAAGCAAAAGGCUUUCAGUAAUAUGAACAGUUUCCUGGAUAAGUGUUUUCAUGGAUCUACUCCACAAGCUCUCUACAAAUUCAUGAAUAUAUUAACUAGUAUGAAAUUUAAUACGAGACCAUCCUAUGAAAAAUUGAAGGAAACUUUAAUAAUUGGUUUAAAGAACCUGGGUCAUAAACCAGAUGGAAAAUUAAAGUUAAAUAUCAUUGAUAUGUCUACUCAAAAAAUAGCUUCUGUAAAAAACAUAAGAAAAAGGACCAGAGGUAUUGAAAACAAACAUUGUGAUACAAACGAUAUUGAAAAAGCAUUAGAUGAUAUGGAUCUGAAUUGUGAAUAUGAUAUUCAAAUUAAUAAAAAAAUGGAAAAAAAAUUUAUGAAAGAAACAAAUAAUGGAGCUUUAAUCAAUUCAAUCAAAUGUGAUUCUGAAGAUGAUUCUGAUAUAGAGCCCCUAUCAGAAAGUUCAAAUAAAAUUAACCAGAAAAAGCUAGUCACAAAUAAAAUAAAAUUAAAAAUCAAAUCUUUGAAUGAUGGAGAAGUUGAGAUUGUAUCAGAAGGAACAAAAUUAAGACUUGUUGUGAAUAUGAAUCAUCAUAAUAAAUAAAGAGGGAGCUACAUUUGAGAAAGUUAUUUGUAAUACUUACAUCGUAUAUAAAUUGUGCAUGUCAAUAUACUUAAAAAUUCUUAGAGUUAUGUGAAAUAAUUUAUGUGUAUAAUUUGGUGAAAUUUGUGUUGUUUUGGUUGUAUCUAUUUAAUUUAUAACGUAUUUUAUUUGCUUUAAUAUUUUAUUUAAAACCUUUUCUUGACAUUUGAUAAUUAAUAAUUUGUUUUUUUAAAAAAGGUUAAUCUGUUAUAUUAUAAUAUUGUAUAAUUUAUAACAACUGUACUACAUAUAGCAAUGAGAAUUAGUUGAUUUAUUUAAGUAUCAAAAUAAAAUUAUGAUUAUAUUUUUUGAAAACUGA